UGUUCACCUUUUAGCGGUUGCACAUCAACCAAAAAAGUACGAGGAGAAGAUGAAAACGAUCCGUCAUACCCACCGAGCUGGAGCAGUAUGGGCUGAAGGUCAAGAGUUGCCCAUGUGGACGUUCCAUAUGGACAACGGGGCCAGAUGGGGCAUUGCAACUACCAACCAUGGAGAAAGUAUAAAUAAUGUGUACAAGGGUCUUCGAGCGAUGCCUAUUUCUGUCAUCGUGGAGAUGUCUUACUGGAAGGUCAACGAAUGGCGAGUUGCUCGGCUACAGCUAGCAAUAGGGAGGGAGUUGCAAGGUCAUUCAAUAGCACAUGACGUAUUCGCUCAAAUGCAGAAGAACGAUGAAAAAUCAAGUAAGCAUAAGGUUGUUCUUUUUGACCGCAGUGAAGGAAUAUUCGCUAUCAAUGGCACUUUGCACAACCACGUCUCGUGAUCCAGAGGGUGCCUAAGAUGAUGCAGCUCACCCACUUCACGUGGAUAUGGAUCCCAUAUAACCUAUAUUCAUUAAAAAAUUCGGAAUUAAUGACCAUUUACAUUGACAAAAUUUAACUUGUUCAAAUAUGGACAAAAUAUGAUUACCUGAUUCCACCAUGGUUUAUCUAACUCAGAACGAUAAAACAAUAACGAAUGCUCAGGUUGAUGGUCAUUCGUAUUUGCUCCUAUCCACCUUGUAAGUAAAAGUACGG